AGGAAAUGUUUUCCACGGAAAUCAGCUCUUGUUGCACAUCAGAGAAGUCACACAGGUGAGAAGCCGUUUUCCUGUUCUGAGUGUAGGAAAUGUUUUGCACGGAAAUCAGAUCUUGUUACACAUCAGAGAAGUCACACAGGUGAGAAACCGUUUUCCUGUUCUGAGUGUGGGAAAUGUUUCGCAUUUAAAUCAGUUCUUGUUAGACAUCAGAGAAGUCACACAGGUGAGAAGCCGUAUUCCUGUUCUGAGUGUGGGAAAUGUUUUGCAUUCAAAUCACAUUUUGAUAUUCAUCAGCAUACUCACACAGAUGAGAAGCCGUAUUCCUGUUCUGAGUGUAGGAAAUGUUUUGCACGGAAAUCAGAUCUUGUUACACAUCAGAGAAGUCACACAGGUGAGAAGCCAUUUCCAUGUUCUGAGUGUGGGAAAUGUUUUACACUGAAAUCAAAUCUUGUUACACAUCAGAGAACUCACACAGGUGAGAAGCCAUUUUCCUGUUCUGAAUGUGGUAAAUGUUUUACACAGAGCUCAAAUAUGAUUAAACAUCAGAGAACUCAUACAGGCGAGAAGCCAUUUUCCUGUUCUGAGUGUGGGAAAUGUUUUUUAAGUAAAUCGAAUCUUAUUACACAUCAGGGUACUCACACAGGUGAGAAUCCAUUUCCAUGUUCUGAGUGUGGGAAAUGUUUUUUAAGUAAAGCACAUCUAGUUUCACAUCAGAGAACUCACACAGGUGAGAAGCCAUUUUCCUGUUCUGAGUGUGGGAAAUGUUUUUUAAGAAAAUCAAAUCUUAUUACACAUCUGAGAAGUCACACAGGUGAGAAGCCAUUUUCCUGUUCUGAGUGUGGAAAAUGUUUUUUAAGAAAAUCGGAUCUUAUUACACAUCAGAGAAGUCACACAGGUGAGAAGCCAUUUUCCUGUUCUGAAUGUGGGAAAUGUUUUUUAAGUAAAUCAAAUCUUAUUGCACAUCAGAGAAGUCACACAGGUGAGAAUCCAUUUCCAUGUUCUGAGUGUGGGAAAUCUUUUUUAUGUAAAGCACAUCUAGUUUCACAUCAGAGAAGUCACACAGGUGAGAAGCCAUUUUCCUGUUCUGAGUGUGGGAAAUGUUUUAUAAGUAAAUCAAAUCUUAUUACACAUCAGAGAAGUCACACAGGUGAGAAGCCAUUUCCAUGUUCUGAGUGUGGGAAAUGUUUUUUAAGAAAAGCACAUCUAGUUUCACAUCAGAGAACACACACAGGUGAGAAGCCAUUUUCCUGUUCUGAGUGUGGGAAAUGUUUUAUAAGUAAAUCAAAUCUUAUUACACAUCAGAGAAGUCACACAGGUGAGAAACCAUUUCCAUGUUCUGAGUGUGGGAAAGGUUUUUUAAUUAAAGCACAUCUUGUUAGACAUCAGAGAACUCACACAGUUGGGAAGCCGUCCCAUUCCCUGAGUGUGGGAAAUAAAUCAGCUCUUGUUGAACACAGACAUUAUCCAAGUGAGGAACCAUUUUAAUCUUCUGGAGUAUAAUCAUCAUUGCCAUGCAUUGUUCCUCAAGGUUCUGUCCUAUCUCCGAUACUUCUUGCAAUCUACCACUGGGUGAAAUAAUCAGACGUCAUGACCUGGCCUACCACUGCUAUGCAGAUGACUUAUCUUCUGCUCCAUGUACUGAGCACCCAACACCAAUCCUAAAUGGGAUGGUGAUGAUAUCCCGUUGGACAGAAUGCUGGCUGUCAAUA